AUGUUCUGGCAGCACGGACGGCGUUCGCGAAUGCCGAGCUCAGAAUCCGACUCAUCGUGCAGAUGUCUACGACCGCAACAAUGAGUGAAGAGCAAAAAGGCUGAUGUCGAGAAACGUGUGGUGCCUAUUGUUGAAGCUGGAAAUUUGAUAUGCGACGGCGGAAAACACUUCCUUAAAGCAUCGUUUCCUAGGGAAAGGCGAACGGCAUAGGCAAGACUAAAUGUACCAGAUAUCACAUGACUCUCUCUAAGUGCUUACUAAUAAAAACUAUUAUUUUUAGCUUUGAGCUGCACACAGAAACCGCUGCUACAAGAAUCUUCCCCUAUCCGAACAUUCUCAAAGAUUUAUAGCUAGGAUGCCACCCCAGGACGAUGCUAGGGAAUGCGGUGCGUGCGACGAACCGAAUUCCGCCGACGUCGGCAUGGUGGCCUGCGAUGGGUGCAGUGUAUGGUACCACUACACUUGUGCCAAGGUGUCCCCGGGAGUCCAACAGCGGUCGUGGAGAUGCAGUAAGUGCCUGCCCGAACCGCCUUCGGAAGUCACCGGAGCCAAGAAGAAAGGAGGUAAGAAACAAACGGCUAACUUGACUGUCCUCGGUGCUACAUCGAGUGAGAUACCGAAGUCGAGCACCGCCAACCAGAAGAAGACUUCGGAGAAAUCGAAAAACUCCGACAAAUCGAAGACCUUGUUCGUUCCUGAUCUUGCGGCGAGUGGUAACGCCACUCCGAAGAAGCAUCCAGAGGUUCCUGCCUUCGAUAAGUCGAGCCACGGGGAGAUGAGAUCUUCCAAAUCCAGCACUUCUACCGCCAGAGCUCGAGCGCAAUUGGCAUUGCAGCGAUUGGAAGACGAGCGUUUGCUGGAGGAGCAGAAGUUGAGGGAAGAGCGGGCACGAUUAGAGGAAGAACGGAUCCGUCUGGAGAGGGAGAGGCAGCUGAAGGAACAGGAGCACGCCAUUAAGGCCAAGGAGCUCGCGAUGCAGGAGAAGUACCUGCGCGACAAAUUCGAGCUGGAGGAACAGAUUGCUGAUGACGAGAGCAGCAAAUCAAGCGUCUUCAGUCGCAAGGACAGGACCAAGGCUUGGUUGAAAAGCCAGCACGGUAUGAGUCACCGGGACGACAAAAGCGCGACACAGUUCUCGGAGUGGCCUAAUGCAGCGAACGAUUUGGCGGAACCGGAUCGUUUCCGGCCGCUAGCAGAUGAGAUAGCCGAUCGACAGCAGUUAGAGCCACGAUUCAUCCCGGAAGCGAUUCCGGAUCAUCAGACCCGUGCCAACAGUGCGCGGGUUAGGAAUAUCCCUUCGGAACCCGUCGGAAACCACUUCGAGAGUGCGGCUAGAUCGAAUGCCAGCCUAGCGCCGUCUUUGCGAGGGAUUGAGCGCGCGGCGAUAGGAUCGAACCCAGGUUCCCACGGGGCGGGGCCGAACAGCGACCAAGUAGCCGCGAGACAAAUCUGGCCGAAGAAGUUACCCACUUUUUCGGGCGACCCGGAAGAGUGGCCUAUAUUUGUCCACAGCUUCGAGACAGCCAACAUUGCGUGCGGUUUCACGGACGUGGAAAAUAUAAUUCGCUUGCGAGAGUGCUUGUGCGGGCCAGCGCGAGAAGCCGUCGUUACGAAACUGAUGUUUCCCCAAAGCGUUAACGCGAUUAUGGAAACGCUGCGACGGUUGUACGGGAGACCAGAGCUGCUGGUGAAGAAUCUGCUGAGCAAGGUGCGUCGGGCCGAGGCACCGAAACCGGAACGAUUGGAGUCGCUGAUCAACUUUGGCCUAACGGUGCAACAGCUAUGCGAUCACCUGGAGGCCGCGAAUCUCAGUGGCCAUCUGUCCAACCCUACGCUGCUCGGCGAACUAGUGGAGAAGCUGCCAGCGUCGAACAAGCUCGAGUGGGCAAGAUUCAAGCGAGGGUAUGCGGAACCGACCCUAAAACAUUUCGGAGUGUUCAUGGAAGAACUGGUGUACGACGCCAGCGAAGUUACGUCACCGAUCCAACAGAAGGCAGCGGUUGGGAGAGCCGAAAGGGACAAGCCGAAAGAGAAGGGGCAUGUGUACGCCCACGAAGAGGUAGCCGAGGUGCAGAGACGCGAUGAAGAAAGGCAACCCUGUCCGAUAUGCGGUAAAACAGACCAUCGUGUGCGGAACUGCGAACGUUUCCAGCAGCUGGGAUUGGAAGCUCGUCUGAAAGCCGUUCAUCAUUGGAAGUUGUGCGAGGUUUGCCUGUUUGACCACGGCCAAUGGAGAUGUCGUUCGAGAAUCCGAUGCAACGUCGGGAACUGCCGAGACCGCCACCACCCACUUCUACAUCGUUCUGAUCGCGGUUCGAUACAGGAACAGCGUCCGCGACAACUUCGAGCGUCGGAAUGCAACGCUCAUGAGCGGUCGCAAAGAUCCGUCCUGUUCAGGAUCAUACCGGUUAUGUUGUUCAACGGGAACCGCAGAUGCGAAACUUUUGCCUUUUUGGACGAAGGGUCCUCCUUGACGCUUAUUGAAGCAAGCUUAGCACGGCAGCUUGGAGCAGUUGGUGUUCCUGAACCCCUAGAGCUGAGAUGGACUUCGAGCGUGAAGAGGAAUGAGGAGAGCUCGCAGCGCGUGGACUUCGAAAUUUCCGGAAAAGGACUACCCCGUCGUUACGUGCUGAAGAAUGCGCACACCGUCGAAGAGUUGAACCUUCCGAGUCAGAGUUUGGCCUUCAACGAAGUAUCCGAGCGAUUCCCACAUCUCCGAAAUCUUCCUGUUUCUGCGUACUCCGAGGCCGUGCCUAGAAUUCUCCUAGGUUUGGAAAAUUUGAGUCUCUUCGCGCCCCUGGAUAGUUGCGUCGGCCGACCAGGCGAACCGAUCGCGGUGAAAUCUUUGCUAGGGUGGUCCGUCUAUGGCCCAGAUUCAAGCGCACUAUCAAAACCAGCAUUUGUAAAUCUCCACGAGUGCAAUUGCGAUGCCGAUAGAGAAUUGAACGAUCUAGUUCGGCAGCAGUUCAUCCUGGAGGAUUCGUUGGUUGAGAUUACUUCUCCGCUUGAGUCCGCUGAUGAGAAACGAGCCCGCGAAAUAUUGGAAAAUACCACAAAGUUCGUUGAUGGAAAAUACGAAACCGCUCUUCAUUGGAAAGCCGACGAAAUCGACCUACCCGAUAGCCUUCCCAUGGCGAUGAAACGCUUGCGGAGCUUCGAGGCCCAACUGGCGAAGGACCCAAGUCUCCGCGAAAAUGUGAACAAGCAAAUCGUGGACUACGUGCAGAAAGGCUACGUCCACAAGGCUACAGAAGAGGAGUUGAGGGAGAUCAACCGAAGGCAAGUGUGGUAUCUGCCUCUUGGUCUGGUUAUACAUCCGAAGAAGCAGAAAAAACGACUCGUGUGGGACGGGAAAGCGCAAGUGAAUGGAGUGUCCCUCAACUCACAACUAUUGAAAGGUCCCGACCUGCUAGUGUCGCUCCCUUCAGUGAUCUGCAAAUUCCGUGAGAAACGCGUUGCAUUCGGAGGCGAUAUCCGCGAAAUGUUUCUGCAGCUUCGAAUGAGGACGCCGGACAGAUACUUUCAGUGUUUCCUUUUCCGAUUUGAUUCGCAACAUCCUCCUGAAGUCUACAUCGCAGACGUAGCGAUGUUUGGCGCCACAUGCUCACCAUGCGUCGCGCAGCACGUUCUACGAGUCAACGCUGACAAGUGGGCGGACGAGUUCCCGUUAGCUGCAGCGGCAAUCAAGGACAAGACGUACAUGGAUGACUACUACGAUAGUGCUGACACCCCAGAAGAAGCAGCGGAGUUGGCUGUUCAAGUGAGAACCAUCCACGCCCGUGGCGGGUUCGAAAUGAGGAACUGGGUGAGCAACAGUGAGGAAGUGUUGGAUAAGCUCGGUGAACGCAACGAUCCAGAGCCACGCCUGCUACAGUCAACGCCCGAGGCGAAAUGGGAACGAAUUCUUGGAAUGCUGUGGCACCCAGAAUCGGACUCUCUAACGUUUUCAACCGAGCUUAGCGAACAACUUCUUCAGUACGUGUCCGGAGGAAAGCGGCCGACAAAGCGAAUCGCUCUGAGGAUCAUAAUGAGUCUGUUUGAUCCUCUUGGUCUCCUGGCACCGUACCUCAUACAUGGACGCACCCUCAUUCAGGAUCUAUGGAGAAGUGGAGUGCAGUGGGACGAAGAGAUGAGAGACGAAGAAUUCGAGAAGCGGCCGUGCUCGGAGCUAGAAUGUUGA